AUGACAGCACAGCAGAUGGAGCUUUCAUCGCUCAACAAAAAAGAUCUACACGAAACCUGCCAAAAUAGUUUCCGUUACUCGUCAUUGGACGAAAACGUCAACCAAGAAGAUGAGAAAUGUAUCAGCACGAGGCAUCAGACGAAAGAUGAUGACACUUUAACGGAAUUUCAGGGAUUUAUGCUCCUCCUACCGACGUAUAUUGGCAUGGGGUUCCUUGGCCUUCCUUACAUUGUAAAACUUCUAGGGCUCUGGAGUGGGAGUUUUGGACUGCUCUUUUAUGGAUUUUUGAACGAAUUGGGAAUUUUAGUUUUAACAGGAAGUACACAGCGUCUUACGGAAAGAAGUGGGGAUAGGUUUGGAGACAUGGGGAGAGUUGUGGAAAUGAGUUUGAAGCUUGGGCCUCCUUGGUUACAACCUCAUGCAAGGAAAUUACGAUUUUAUAUUGACCUCUGUACAGUAAUGACUUAUGGUUUAAUUAUGCCGGAUUUGAUUUCACUUAUGAAUACCUUUGGACAAGAUAUUAUUCUCCAAUACGUCGACAUCAGUGACACAGUAUCUAUCAUCGUAAUUUCGGUGCUACUUUUGCCUAUCUACUUGACACGACGAUUGCAGCUACUUUCCGUUUUAGCGACAACAGCGAACAUUGUUCUUCUGGCGUUAUUUAUAAUAUCAUUCCAGUACAUUUGUCAGGACCUUCCAAAUGCCAGCACACGACCAGCUACAAAACUUGUCGAUUACAUAACAGUCACGUCGUUUACAAACGAUGCAAUGUUUUCAUACGGUGGAAUCAUGAUGGUCAUGCCAAUACGGGAUAGAAUUAAGAAUAAGAAGAAUUUUGACGGGUGGAAUGGUGUUCUUGGACUUGUACUGAUGAUUGUGACCUGUUUCCACGUUUGCUGUGGAUUUUUCGGGUAUUUGAAAUUCGGAGAAAUAACCCAAGUUAACUACCUAUUGAAUCUUCCAGGGGAUGAAUGGGGGUACAAGACAAUGAAGAUUUUGUCUUUCUUUACUUUAUACUGCACAAACGGGAUGACCGUGUUUUUAGUAGUAGAAAUCCUAUGGACACCGCUAAAGGAAAGAUUGAAGGCGGAAAUCAUAAAGAGCUAUGGUGAAUACAUCUGUCGCGUUGGUCUAUUGGUUCUCUCAUGUGUUUUUACAAUUUUGGUGCCAGAGUUUGAAUUACUGAUGUCUUUGACGGGAUGUAUUGGAAUAUUGUCUACAACGUUUGUUGUUCCUUAUAUCGUAUCAAUGUUGACGCUGUAUGGAGAGAAAGAACCAACAUUACUGGUAGAUAAAAUCAAAAGGAAAUUAACACUCGCAUUAUGUGUAGUAAUGAUUGUUUUUGGGACAUACUCGAUGGUUUCGGGGAUCGGCGUUGCUGUGUACAUGACAUUGUAUAACAUCGUAUUGUAA